ACUGCUACCUGCAUAUCAUAUCAUAUAGACCUGGAAAUUCAUUCUUGUAUAGAUCGAGACGAGUUAAAAGAAACAAAGAGGGAGGAACACGAGUUCCAUCGAGUGAAAGAUGGGCGAUCAUCAGCAUGGGCAGUACUCAACAUCUUCAUUUUCCCAGAAGAUGAUGAUGGCUAGCCAGCUGCACCUCAGCUCCUCCACCAGGCCCUCCCAUCUGAUGAGGCAGUUUGUGUAUGGAAACUGCACGACGACAACAAAUGCAAAUGCUGCUGCUGGCCCGCAAUGCCAUCCCUUCACCUUCGCCUGCACGCUGAAUCAGGAUCGUUACGUGUCGCCGGUGUUCGCCGCCGCCCCCAACGAGAAGGGGUUCGCCGGGUUCGCGAUCGACUUCCUGAUGGGGGGAGUGUCGGCGGCGGUGUCCAAGACGGCGGCGGCGCCCAUCGAGCGUGUGAAGCUCCUGAUCCAGAACCAGGACGAGAUGAUCAAGGCCGGCCGCCUCUCCCAGCCCUACUCGGGGAUCGCCGACUGCUUCAAGAGGACGGUCCAGGACGAGGGGAUGGCCUCGCUCUGGCGGGGCAACACCGCCAACGUCAUCCGCUACUUCCCCACCCAGGCCCUCAACUUCGCCUUCAAGGACUACUUCAAGCGCCUCUUCAACUUCAAGAAGGACCGCGACGGCUACUGGAAGUGGUUCGCCGGCAACCUGGCGUCGGGCGGGGCGGCGGGGGCGUCGUCGCUGCUCUUCGUCUACUCGCUGGACUACGCCCGGACGCGGCUGGCCAACGACGCCAAGGCCGCCAAGAAGGGCGGGGGCGGGCGGCAGUUCGACGGCCUGGUGGACGUGUACAAGAAGACCCUGCGGUCGGACGGCGUGGCGGGGCUCUACCGGGGGUUCAACAUCUCCUGCGUGGGCAUCAUCGUCUACCGCGGCCUCUACUUCGGCAUGUACGACUCCCUCAAGCCCGUCCUCCUCACGGGGUCGCUGCAGGACAGCUUCUUCGCCAGCUUCGCCCUCGGCUGGCUCAUCACCAACGGCGCCGGCCUCGCCUCCUACCCCAUCGACACCGUCCGCCGCCGGAUGAUGAUGACCUCCGGCGAGGCCGUCAAGUACAAGAGCUCCAUGGACGCCUUCACCCAGAUCCUCAAGAACGAGGGCGCCAAGUCCCUCUUCAAGGGCGCCGGGGCCAACAUCCUCCGCGCCAUCGCCGGCGCCGGCGUCCUUGCCGGCUACGACAAGCUCCAGAUGAUCGUGUUCGGCAAGAAGUAUGGCUCCGGGGGGGCCUGAUCAAUGGAAUGGAAUGGAAAGCGCACACCUCCUCCAUUUUUUGAAUAAGUUAGUUAGUUAGUUAGUUUGAAGAGACUAAAACCAUACCCUUCCUUUUCUUGGUUCUUUUAUCGUUUCGAAUGGCCUAUUUCAGUUUUCACCUGAAAAAAUGAGAUUUGAUUUUGACAAGUAUUCAUAUUUUCAGUUUUGUCAUUGAAUAGCAGUCGU